AUGGCCGCCGAGGGGUCCAGGAGCGGGAGGAGAUCAGGCAGGUUCACCAUGACCUGCGCAUGCGUGCUCCAGCGGCAGCGCCAGGCGCGGGCGGGUAACGUCGCCCGCUUGUUCCAGGAGCCGCCGCCGCUCCCGGUGGCGCCCGCCGUGGAGAACGACGGCAGGACCAUGCAACUCUUCCCCGUGCGCGCCGGCGCUGCCAUGGCCCGGCAGAGGCUGGAGAUGACGAAGGCGCCGAUGACCAUCUUCUACGGGGGGCAGGUAAUCAGGGUGGAGAACGUCCCCGCGGACAAGGGGAAGCAGCUGAUGGAGAUGGCACAGUCGGUGAACAACCCUCCGCCGCCGGAGAAGGUGGUGGUGGUGGACGUCCCGGAUGAGGAGGUCGUCGCCGAGCCAUCGGCGGCCAUCACUGCCAACCAGGCUAGGAAGCUGUCAGUGCAGAGGUUCCUCGGGAAGAGGAAGCAAAGAACAGCGGAUGAUGAUGACGCACGUGUUUAUUUACUCAUCAGCAGGACCGACGACCCUGACGACGAGGAGGAGGCGUCGCCGUCGAAGAAGAUGGACACCGGCGGCGACGAGCCCUUUGAGGACGUGCCUUAUGCCUCGUGGCUCAGCCUCUAG